AUGACUGACAAGCAGAAAGUCAUCGUUGCUCUGACAUCUGCGUCCGAGACAUGCACCGCUGCACUCUCCGCACUCGCUUCCCGAAAUCAGCGAGAUGAACCUGAGCCCCAAACCUCAGACCUCGUCGUAAUCCUAAAAGACCUAGACUCCCUCCUUUCUCUCAUAUACAACUCCAGCACCAAACUCGCUCUCGCGCUCAAACCAUCAUCGCCCACCUACUCCGCUUCUCUCCCCGUGAUCGUGGAUCUAACCAAAUACACGUCUAGCAUUGCACAUUGCAUCAAUCUUUUGAAUGCUGACUUACAUGGGGGCACUCUUAUAAAGGAGGUGCAGCAUAAUGCGACGGUUAUUUUGGAGGCUUUGCGUGCAGUCGUGCAGACUUUCUUGAACCUUGCUGCCCGUGGUCCGUCGAUAAGGAGUGGCGCAGCAGGAGAAGACUAUCUAGUCCGUACAGGCGCUCUUCACGAUCUCAUCACACAAGCCCGUGGAACCAAUGGGAUUCCAAAGGACAACAUAUCUGCUAUCUGUCGAAAAUGGAAACAGGAUCUAGGGGCUCUCGAUGAUGGUCUUCGAGAGGUAUCUGAAAUGAUAGAAGGAGUCGAAGGGAGUGAAAGCGACAAUCUCGAGGGUGAUGAUGACGACGACGGUUGGGAUGAACUUGGUUUAAGUGACACAGGAGCAAAGAUGAAUCAGGACGAACUGGCUCGCGCAAAAAAUGUACAGCCCUCGUCUGCUACUUUCCAAUCAGCUCUUUUUAAACAUGCCAUUUGUCAGGUCCACUCCAUACUGCGGUUAACCACAUUAUUGCAUAAGCGUAUCCUCCUGGAUCUGCUUUCUUCUGCGCCGAUCAUGCAACCUCCAAAUGUUGCUCUAGAUGCUUUGCUUUUGCAGUCACACGCACUCCUGGCUGCGUCCGACGAACUGGUUGCAUCGCUGUAUGUUCCUCAGAACCCUGCUACAAUCAGGAAGGACUCGUUGGCGCUGCUGGGUGUGAUUAAUGCGCUCCACUUACAACUACGAAUAUUCUUCCCAGAUACCUCCUCCCUAGAACAACAGCUCUCCGGGCUCAGCAUCGAGGGAGAGUCAACGCCUAGCAAGCCCAAGGCAGACAAGAAGUGGUUUGAUAUUUGUUUCGACCAGGUAACAAAGACGUCCACAAAUCUCGUUUCUCCGUACAAGCCACCCCCAGGCGUUGGCCAGAAACCAAGAUGA